GUUAAUCGAUUCGAUCAUCUCCCAGACUCUCGCGGGCUCCCAUAUGUGAGGCGGAACUUUAUAUGCAGACGAGUCUUCUAAUAAACGUCCAUCCUGGUAAACAAAACACGAAUAAUGUCCUUCACAAGGCUCACUGCUUCAUCCGCAGUAGCCCUUCUCGCUCAACAACGUCAACAAGAUCACAAUGUUUUAUUAAUCAUACGACAGUCGCCCAAAUCACAGCAAGAAUCAUCCCAACAAUCUCGACAACAGCCAGCUUAUCCCUAGUCUUACUCCUCCCGCCCCCACUCGUAAUCCCAAAACCUGACGUGGCUGCCACAAUCUCGCCCUCACCUCCACCACUCCCUCGCCAUGGCCAUACACUUUCGGCGACAGUCACUGCUUUGGGACUUUUUGGUGAAUUGUUCGCGAAACAGCCCGCAAUGAUUUAUACCUUUUCUCCACGAUCUUUCCGCGAUUCUUGUACAGACAGCCGGAGAAAUACCCUCGCCGCUAGUCGGUCACGCGAGUGCCAUCGUUAGCAGCGUCCUGAUAUCUGAACUCUUUGCGCAUGAAUACAUGAUCCCCGACGAAUCUCGAGCUCGUACGACCAUGCUGAACGUUAUAACCAAUUGGUUAUAGUUGCCUUGGU